AUGACGCCGCCGAGAUAUCUGUACAAGCUCCUGGACGAAGCACCAAAAGAGCCAUUGCCCAGAACUCUUCCAUCGACCAAACUCGACGCUAGCGACGGCUUCAUUCAUCUAUCCACCGCGGAACAGACCCCGAUCACGGCCAAGCUCUUUUUCAGAUAUCAGCGGAAACUCUGGGUGCUGCAGCUCGAGCGGACCAAGCUUGAAGGACGUCUGGAAUUCUCAACGGAUCCAAAAGCCGGAGUCAAGGAUGGCUGCGCUCAUCUGCAUGACAGUCAAUCGGGGCUGGGUAUGAUGAAUGUGGUGAAUGUGCUGGAGCUGGAUCGAAGGGAGAAUGAGGAGUGGACGGAGGUGGAAGGGAUGCAGAAGUUGCGAUGA